AUGGAGCUGAUGCAGCAGCUUACACUUUGCACGGCCCUCCUGAUGGCCGCCGCGAUCGUAAGCAACAAUGGACAGUUCCUGCCCGGGCCACGCUACAGCCUCGACAACAUGCCCAAAACGAGCUUCACCUGCCGGGACAAAAUUCUCGGCGGGUACUACGCGGACUCGGAAACGCAAUGCCAGAUGUUUCACGUUUGCGUGAAGGUGGCCGGUGUCGGUGUGCAAGAUUUCCGCUUCCUGUGCCCCAAUGGUACGGCUUUCGAUCAGGAAGCCCAGAUCUGUGCCGAUUGGGGUGAUGUCGACUGUGAGGCGGCCACACUGUACUACGGUAGCGAUAACUUCGACCUGUACCGGUUGGGUUCCGGAUUCGAGAGCAAGCGGGCCCCAUUCGCGGAGGAAGAAGAGGCCACCUUCCAUCUGCAGCGUGCCGAAACGAGCGAUGCUCGGAGAAGCAAGCAGUACAUUGUUAACCAGAGCUCCAAACCACAGCAACCACCAAGCCUGAAUCAGAUCCCGAGCGUCCAGAAACCGGCCCAUCCCCAGCAACCUCAGCAAUACUUCCGUCAACCGGUGACGCCCUCAACCACCACGACGACCACGUCCACCACGACGACCACAACGACCCAAGCCACGCCAGCGGAACACAUCUUCUACAAAACGAGCCAAGCGCCUACCAAGCUGCACCAGAAACAUGUGGAGCACAAGCAGCAUCAGCUUUUGCUGAACCAGCAACAGCUUCUUCAAGCACAGCACUAUCGGCAACUGACAGCGGCGGCAGCCACCGCAACGCCUGCCGAUCGUCGACCAUCGGUGGACGAGAUCCGCACCACGACACCGUCUUUCAACAACAACUUUGCCCGAUCACAACAUCAGCAGCAGCAGCCGCAACAGCAGCAACCGCAACAGCAGCGACAGCCCCAACUGCAACAACCGCAACAGCAGCGUCAGUCCCAAUUGCAACAACCGCAACAAUCUCGCGCAACGCAACACAACGACUUCAACAACGAUGAGAUCUUCCGUGGAUCGCACAGUUCGCACUUCUACAACAACCGGAACAAUGGUAAGGAGGACUACGAGGAGGAACUUUACCGGAAGUCCACGACGACAGCACGGACAACGGUAGCGGCCGGUGCGAAUCGGGCAGCAUCGCCCCAAGCUGGAACGCGUGGCCGUAACCGGGGCCGCGGUAGUGUCCGUGCCCAUCAUCUGAACGCGCUGCGCAAUGAGAUUAAGCCGAGUACGAGCACAACGCCCGUCAGUGUGACGAAACCACAGCACCAACCGCAGCCAAAUCAUCAGCAAUACAAUCACCAGCAACAGUUGCAACAGCAGCGACAGGUGCAGCAGCAACAGCAACUGCAACAACAGCCACGUCAACAGAAUACCAAGCUGCAAACGACGACACCCGAUGACUUUGUGGACAUUCCGAAGAUUCCCAACUUCCGGCAGCAGCCAACGACGGUGCUGAAGCCGCAGCAAUCUCCCGUCCAGGUUCCAUCGUUUGGACAGGCCAUCAUCUCUACACCGGCUCCGUUCGCUAAGCAACCACAAGUGCAGCCACAAAGUCGAGGAAAUGCUCAGUUCUUCAAUCAGCAGCAGCAGCAGCAGCAGCAAAAGCCACUGCUAGUAACGAGCUCAACCACCCAGGCAUCACCUCAGCCAGUUCAGCGUUUCGGUGGCAAUCCAGCGCCUGCUACGAACAACUUCAAGAUCACCGUCACUACGCCACAGUACGAUCGUAGCAACAACUUCAACCAGCCGCAACAACAACCGUUUAACUUCAAUGCGCAGCCGCGGCAGCAGGCCCCGAUCGUCAGCACCACAUCCGCGGCCCCUGUGAACAAUCCGUUCCAGUUCUUCGGUUCCCAAACAACCACCACCAUUCGUCCUCGAAGCACCUUCGAGAAUCGGGCAACGGAGCGUUCGUUUGAUGAGGCUUCAGUUACCACUCCUCAGGAAUCCCAGCGGCUCCGGCCUCAGUCGCGUACGUUCAACGUCGACCCGAACCGGCUCAACCAAUUCAACUACAACGAAUAUCAGGGUAGUCGUACCAGUACCACCACAACGACCACAUCCACCACCACCACCACUACGACUCCGGUUCCACCGACGACAUUUGCUCCGGCCCAGCAGAACUUCCGUCAGCGAGCACCUCAGCAAAACACCUUCCUGAAUCCAUUCUUCAGCAACCCAUCCACGGUGGCACCUUCCAUCACUACCAUCCCACCAUCCAUCGUCCAGAAGGCAGUCCCCAAGGAACGCUACCAAUCGAUUUCACGCACCGGCAACGAAGGACACACACCGUCGACGGUGAAAAAGUUCUCCACGCUCGUGCCCAAGGAUCAGUACAAUCCGACCACCUUCAAACCGAACGCCAUCAGCAAGAAGGCACUGCUCCAGUUCGUCAACCAGAAGAGUGUGAUCGGGCUCGAGAAGUCACCGUUCACGGAUCGUGUCAGCAUUACUACCACGACCAGUACCACCGAGAAGGUGCCGGCACCGGCGACGACCCGGUACCCGGGAUACAUCCCCACCAUACCGCCCGUAACGUCCACAUCCACAUCGACCACGACGACUACAACGCGUGCGCCCUUCACAACCACAACUACCACCGCCAACACACCGCCACCGCCGAACCGAUUCUUCCAGCCACCGAUUCCGAAAUCGAAUCUACUGACGCAGUCCCCCAUCGUGGUUACCUCGGCGAAACCGGACCCGACCGAAAUCGACGAAGACGACGGUCAGUAUCAUCCGGAGCUGUACGAGAAAGACUUCUAUCGUAAUCGCGUGAAGGCGAAGGCGGCAGCAGCGGCCGCCCUUGCCCAGGCCCGCAACUCCAACGGGCUUGCCUCACUGUCCACCAGCGACGAGGAAGAAAUCUUCCGUACCGCACACUCCCAGAACAUCGCCGCCAGCGGUAAUGAUCUGAUACUGGAGCGCGCACGUCAGGCGGCUGCCCGGAUCAAUGAGUUCUUCUCGUCCUCCUCGGUAAAGCCAACAACAACGGCACGCAAAGACCCAAAGGACGGUCAACCGGAAUCGGUCACGCCGAAAGCAAAGCAUCAUAAGGACACGGCAAGGACCAAGUCCUCGCAUGGGGCGAAGGGUACCGGUAGCAGCAGUAACGCUACGCCACGUCCAUUCUCCAAGGCUCCGACGAUCCCACCGAAUGCGACCAUCACCAAGCGGCCACCGGAAGACGAUAGCUACGACUACGCGUAUUACGACACCGGCAGUCCCGAUGUGCCCGAGUACGACAUCAUCGAGGACUUUGGCCGGAAGCGGGUCUGAGGUUCAGGUGUGACUGUAGACUUAACAGAAGGGGUGGGUGAUUCCUCCCCUUUUUUCGAGGAUGUGUGAAUGCGGAUGUGUGGCUGCGUAACGUGCCGUAUGUGCCAUUGAGCUGGUGCAUCCCGGCAUGGGUGUAUGGUUGGAUGUGUGGAUGGUUGUUUAGCUGUGUAAGUACGGAUGAAAAAAAAAAAAAGAUGAUGGCCAGACGGCAUGGCGCUCCUUCCCGCAUACGUCAUUG